GGCGGAGUCUUGCAGGCAGCGGGCCCGGCUCCGAGCGGGCCAUGGCGGCGGAGCCCGGGUUGGAGGCGCGGGGUCAGGAGGUUCUGUGGCUCCGGCUGCGGAGCUCGGAGGAGGCGCAGCGCCGGCAAGAGGUGCUGGUGCGGCAGCUGCAGGCCAAGGUACUCAAGUACCGGACUCGGUGUCAAGAAUUGGAGCAGCAGCUGGAAGCAGGAGGGGAGUCCCUUCCAGGCAGGUGUGAAGAAGAUGACCAGAGCCUGGAGAAAGCACUGCUUGAGUUGGAAGAGGAGCAUCAAAGGCGUGAGAAUCUGGCAGAAGUGAAUGCUUUCCUGCGGGAGCACCUCGAUAAAGCGAAUGAGGUUAAUUCAGCCCUCAAAGAAGAUGUUGGAAAACUGAUGGCAGAUUGGAUGAGGGCGCGGGAGGAGCUGGAAUUGAAGGAGAGUGAAUGGCGCCAUGAACGUGAGCUUUAUGACAACUACGUAAGGGGUGAACAUAACCGUCUCCUCAGCCUGUGGCGUGAAGUGGUGACCUUCCGCCGGCACUUCCUGGCGAUGAAGACUGCCACUGACCGAGAUCUUACAGAGCUGAAGGCAGAGCAGAUGAGGCUUUCUGGAGCUAUCCUUGUAAACUGCUCCCAUCUAAACCCUGGCAUACAGCUCUGGGAGUCCGUCACUCUGGGUAGACCAGUCCUGAAGGAUGAGGCACAGCAGCAAGCAGGACAGAAAAUAAACCAGAAGACUCAGGAAGUGGUGUGCUUACAAGUUAAGGGGGACCUGGAGAAGAAGGAGCUUCAAGACAGGGUGGUGGAGCUCUCAGCCUUGCUUGUACUUUCUCAGAAGGAAAACGAGGAGAAGGAGAAGACCAUGAAAACACUGAACAACACUGUGGAGUUACUAGAAGCAAGUCGGUUAGAGAAAGAAUAUGAAGCUUCAUUGGCUAAAAGUGCUGAAGAAGAGAAUCUUUCGCUCCAGAAGCUGAUCAAAGCUAUAACUGAGGUGGUGUUAGAUGACUGUGACAGCAUGGUCAGCAUUGCCUCCACUGACAGUUCCCAGCACAUCGAGUCUAGCAACAUCCUCUCUUCUCUGAGCUUCACUGAUGCAGAGCAUGCCUUUGUGUUGGUGCAGGAAGCGCUGGCAAGGAGGCGAGGGGCAACACAGGCCCUAAAAGAAGAGCUUUCUGCCAGACAGGACGCUAUCAAUAACCUGCUGCACCAGCACAGAGAGCAGGAAGGGAAGUGCAGGAGGCUGCAGCAAAGGAUUGAACAAGUGGAGGAGGAAUGCAAGACGUCCAGCAGCCACCAGCAGCACCUCCAGUCUCUGGUAGAAGCACUCAGAACUGACUGUGCAAACCUCGAGAAAACCAGGGAAGAGUUACAGCAACAGCUUGAGGUAACAGAGCAAGAAGCCUCACGUCUGCGUCAGAGUAACACUGAACUGCAGCUGAAGGAAGAUUCAGCCCAGGGGGAAAAGGUGGAGCGGCAGCAGGCACUGGAGAGAGCACAUCAUGACAAGGAGCUCCUACUGAAGGACUUAGCUGCAGUUGAAGGAAAAAAUUCAUUAUUACAGAGUGAGUUGUUAGUUGCAAGAGAGACACUGGAGGAAUUGCACCUUCAGAGGGAUCUGCUGAAGCAGGAGAAACAUGAGCUUACCGUAGCACUGGAGAAGGCAGAGCAGUCAGUGGCAGAGUUGUCAGGGGCUCAGAAUAAGCUGAGUGCUGAAACAGCUGAUCUACGUGUUGCAGCAGUGAAGAUGAGCAGUAUCAAUGAAGCUCUUGCAUUGGAUAAAGUGCAGUUGAACCAACUUGUGCUGCAGCUGGAGCAAGAGAAUGAAGCUCUGUCAGUGAAAGUGGAUGAGAUGGAGAGAGCAAAGAUCUCUGGCCAGGAUAAGCUGAGCUUGUGUGAAAAAACAACUGAAGAGCUCAGCACAGAGAAAGCCCAUCUGGAGCAAUUGCUGAGGAAAGCAGAAGAGCAACAGGAGGGGCUGCGGAUAGAGCUGAGGACCCUGGCAAAGGAGAAGACAGAAACCCAAGAGAAACUCAGUCAGGUUUACCACCAGCAAGAGUUGUCCAGAGGUGACCUGGAGCAGCUGCGCCAGGAGUCCUCUCGCCAAGAGCACGCGCUGGCCAAAGCAUCCAAAGAGAAGGAAUUGCUGGUACAUGAGAAGUCUGCCCUAGAGGUGCGACUGGCAGCAGUGGAGAGGGACAGACAAGGCCUUUCAGAGCAGCUGGAAGAGUCCAGAUCAGUGAAGGACACCCUGGAAUCCAGCUUGUUUGAGGCUCAGCAGCGCUUAUCUCAGGUGGAAAUUUCCAGGAGUCAGCUGGAAAUGCAGCUACACGCAGUCACGCAGGCCAAGGAGGUGAUACAAGGGGAAGUGAAGUGCCUUCAAUGGGAGCUGGAAACAGAGAGAUCUUUGAUGAGGCAGGAACGGGAAGACAUGACACAACAGCUCCUGCAGACAGAGCAACAGUAUGACAGUACUCUCAAACUGUGUCAAAGUGAUCAUGAAGUGGAAAUAAACAAGCUCCUGCAAGACCUGAACAUCACAGAAAAGCUGCAAGCAGAGUUGCAGGAAGCUCAGAGUAAGAUCAAGGCAGUGGAGAAGCAGCACAAAGAAGAAAUUAAAACCAUCAAAGAGGAAGCUAAUGUCCUUCUUCAGCAGAGAGAUGCUCUACAGAAACAGGUGGAGGAGUUGACAUCUCAGCUGGCAGCCUGUGAAGAGUCCCAGCAAGAGACUGGCCGCAAAGCUCAACAAGAUCUGAGUGAGGCACAGGAACUGUCAAGACAGAAGGUGCUGGAGGUUGCGCACCUCCAGAAGGACCUGGAGGAGAAGAGGAGUCAAUGGGAGGAGGUAGAACAUCAGAACAAGGAGUUGCAGAUGUGUCUGCAGUCCUUGGAGGGGGAGAGGAGUCGAUGGGAAGAAGUAGAGCGUCACAACACAGAACUUGAGGCCUCACUGAAGGUCCUAGAGAGCGAAAAAGCCAGGCUGACCCUGUCUCUGGAAGAGAAGGAGCUGAGCCUCAAAACCCUGGAAGAAAAGAACUUUGCCCAGCAUAACGAAGUGUCUCAGCUUCUCUCUGCCGUUCACCAGGCCCAGCAGCUCCAUACAGACCACAGAAGAGAAAUAAAAGAGCUGAACAGCCAGAUACAGUCACUGCAGGAGGUAGUGCUGGAGAAGGAGGCUGACCUGGCAGCUCGGGAGAAGCAACUGCUGCAGGAUCUGGAGGAGUCCCGAGCAGGCGAGCGGUGCUUGAAGGACUCUCUGCACGUGCUGGAGGCUGAGAUGUCUGAACUGCAGCUGAGGCUUUGUAGCACAGAGAACAGAGCAAAGGCUCUGGCCAUGGAGUGUCAGCAGGCUAACAGUGCCCACUGUGAAGCCCAGUCCCAGCUGGACAAACUGCACUUGGUUCUGCACCACAUGAUCUGUGACAGCAGAGACUUAGUCACUUGGAGUCCAGAACAGGACCAUAUCUGGGAUCUGACUGUUUCUCAGGCCAGGGACCUCCCUGCAGAGCUCACAGUGGACAGAGUGGCAGCAGUCCUGCAAGACCUGCGCCAGCACCUGAAGCAGACUCAGCUUGAUCUGAGUGAUUCAAGGAAGAAGAUCCAGGACUUUGAGCUGGAGCUGAGCGAGAGGCAAGCUGAGAGGGACCAUUUCAGUGCCCACAAUCAAGAGCUGCAGAAACAGUUGGCUCAAAGCCAGGAAGAGACACAGAUGGCAGAACACAAGAAGAACUCUCUACAAGCUGUCCUGCAGGAAGAGGCCGCUGCUUUAAAGGAGGAGGUUAUGACUCUACGUCAAGAGGUGGCAUCUUUGGAAAGGAAACUUGAGAGCGCUGAGGAGCAAAGAAAGGAUGUCCUGCACGAACGGGACAGACUACAUGCAGUUAAAGAGAAACUAGCAGGAGAGAUAAAACUUCUUCAGGAAUCAGUGUCAGCCUCUGAAGCUCGAGCAAACACAGCAACAGACACGAAUCACUGCCUCGAGCAAGAGCUUCAAACCACGUUGUCCCUCUUAAAAAUUAAAAAUGAGGAAGUAGAAACCCAGCGGGAGAAAAUCCAGAUGCUCCAGAAAGAGGCAUCGGAGAUAAAAGCUUUGCAGGAGACCCUCGCUCAUAUGACUGCCAUCCUGUCAGAGAGGGAGGGAGAAAUGAAGUUAUACCAGGAACAGAUGAGAAUGCUGGAAAACCAGGAAGAAGUGCAUAAAGCUACUCUUGAUCAGUUUAUUAAGGACAUAACAGAGAAAAAACAGAAGGUGGCAUCCCAGCAAGAACAUAUACAGGAGCUGGAGAAGCAGCAAGAAAAACAACGGAUUGCUGUCAGCAAGGUGAGCAAAGAACUGGAGGAGAGAGACCGGGAGAUCAGAUCCCAGCAAGAGCAGAUAUGGGAGCUGGAGAAGCAGCGAGAACUGGAGAGGAUUGCUGUCAGCAAGGUGGGCAAAGAGCUAUGGGAGAGAGAGCAGGAGAUCAGGUCCCAACAAGAGCAGAUACAGGAGCUGGAGAAGCAGCGAGAAAUGCAGAGGACUGAGGUGAGAAAGAUGGGCAAAGAGCUGCAGGAGAGAGAGCAGGAGAUCAGGUCCCAGCAAGAGCAGAUCCAGGAGCUGGAGAAGCAGCAAGAACUGGAGAGGACUGCUGUCAACAAGAUGAGCAUAAUGCUGCAGGAGAGAGAGCAGGAGAUCAGGUCUCAGCAAGAGCAGAUACAGGAGCUGGAGAAGCAGCGAGAAAUGCAGAGGACUGAGAUGAGAAAGGAGCUGGAGGAGAGGGACCUGGAGAUCAGGUCCCAACAAGAGCAGAUACAGGAGCUGGAGAAGCAGCAAGAAAUGCAGAGGGCUGCUGUCAGCAAGGUGGGCAAAGAGCUACGGGAGAGAGAACAGGAGAUCAGGUCUCAGCAAGAGCAGAUACAGGAGCUGGAGAAGCAGCGAGAAAUGCAGAGGACUGCUGUCAGCAAGAUGAGCAUAGAGCUGCAGGAGAGAGAGCAGGAGAUCAGGUCUCAGCAAGAGCAGAUACAGGAGCUGGAGAAGCAUCAAGAAAUGCAGAGGGCUGUUGUCAGCAAGGUGAGCAAAGAGCUGGAGGAGAGGGAUCAGGAGAUCAAAUUCCAGGAAGGGAAAAUAAAGAUGCUAGAACAACACGGUGCAUCACAAGUGAGAAAUCUGCUUCUGGAUCUUGAUCAUAUGAAAGGAAACUUGAAGGAGAAAAACUCAGAGCUUGUGUCUCUGACUCAGCAAAUCCAAGAACUGGAAAUGCACAGAGAACAGGUGAAAUCUCUGCAGGCAAGCCUUGAACACCUGAGGGCAGGUCUCAGGGACAGAGAGAGUGAGUGUGAUUCUCAAAGGGAUCAGUUAAGACUGUUGCAGCAGUACAAGGAGCAGCAAGAGGGGCAAAUUCAAGAGCUUCAUGGUAAAGUGGAAAAGAUGGCACUUUCUUUAUCUAAGAAGGAUCAAGAGCUUGAGUCACAACAAAAACAAAUCCAGGAAGCUGAAGAAACCAUGGAAAUGCAGUUGAGGACUCUCCGUGACCAACUGGACCAGACCUUAGAAACCUUAAAAGAAAAGGACCGACUCAUAGACGUCCAAAAGCAACAAACGAGGAGCUAUGAGGAAAAAACAGAAGAAAAGAUGAAUGUCUUACACAGAGACUUAGAAUACACAAAGGCAAUACUGAAAGAUAAGGAUUUCAUGAUUGAAUCUCAGAAGGAAGUGAUUGAGACCUUCCAAAAACAGGAACAAGACUCUGAACAGCAGAGAAAAAUUCUGCACCAUCUUGAAGUGGCACUGAAGGAAAAGGAACAAGAAAUUUUAUCCCUUAGAAAGCAAUGUGAGGCAUGCAGGGAAAAGGAGGAAAAACUUGAAGCUGAGCACACAAAUCUUCAAGCUACAGAACUGACUCUGAAAGAAAGAGAAAAAAGGAUAGGGGUUCUGGAGGAGGCUGUCUCUGAGCUUCAGCGGCAAAAGGAGGAGGCAGCAAUGCAGGCUAAAGCCGUACUGCAAAACCUAGAACAUGCUGAAUCUUCUCUAGAAGCUAAAGAUCAAGAGAUAAUGUCUUUGCAGGAGCGUGUGCAGGACCUUCAGGAGCAGAAGGAGUUAGAAGGCAAGCAAGCCAAGAGUCUAGAGCAGGAUCUAGAAGAAAUGAGCAGGAUGUUGAAGGAGAAGCAUUUGGAGUUCCUCAAGCAGACAGAGCAAAUGAGCAUGUUACAGCUUCAGGGUGAAAGCAUGAAAAUAGCACUAACAUCAUGCCAGAAGCAAGUGAAUCUGCUUGAGGAAGUGGUGAGGAAGAGGGAUGGAGACAAUGAAGCUCUGAAACAAAAACUCCAGCACCAAGAAGAGGAAUUAAAGACCUUGCAGAAUCUCCAGCUUAGGCUAACUGUGAGCAACGAGGCGGUUAGACAUCACCAAGAGCCAGAGAAGGUCCUGGAAGACAUCUUGUGUGAGAGGGAGCGAGAAACCAAGGAUCACAGUGAGCAAAAAGAGUUAGAAAAGGAAGUAAGAGCUCUUCAGGAAGAUCUCCAGCAUGUUCAGCAGACUCUGACAAAGAAGGAGGAAGAGAUAAAGUCCCAGCAAGACAGAGUCAGGAAUUUAGAGAAGACUCUGACGGGAAAAGAACAAGAGCUUCAGAGGCAAAGCGAACUCCUAAAACAAUUCACAUCAGUUUUGCAAUGGAGAGAUGAAGGGGACACCCUAAAGAAACAAAUCCAAAAGCUCCAAAAGUGGGAGGAAGUGGAAACAGAGAAGAAGAGAGUGCUCCAAGAGAGAGACCAUUCCUUGCAAAGGCAGAAGGAGCUAACCCAGCAACUGGAAGAUGAAAGGAAGGCAAAGGGGAAAGAAUUGGAGCGUGUGAUUGCUAUUUUGAAGCAGACUGAAAGUGGAGAAAUUGAAUGGAAGGAGAAAGCACAAGCCCUGACUCUUGCCCUUAGGAAGUGUGAAUUGGCCAAUGGGACUUUGAGGAAAGAAAUAGCCAUCCUUCAGACUGCGGUUUCGGAGAGGGACACGGACCGGUUUCAUCACCAGGCUGUUGCAGAAGGAGAGCAGCAAUCAUGGCUCUCAGAGAAGAGGCUCCUGUCACAGCGGCUGGAACGUCUGCAGCAGCAAGUUGCAAGGCUGGAAGUUGAGAAGACUGAGCUGAAGCAACUCAACGCAGAGCUCAGGAAGACUCUUGAGCAGGUGGAGUGUGAACGGAGGAGGCUGAGGAGGUUUUACCGUGAUGGGUCGCUGCCAUCUGACAAGCACAAGAUGCCAGCUUCAAAACAGGAGGAGUCUCAUGCACACUGCAGUCGUCAGUUAACUGAGUUGCAGAACCAGGUUUCCCUUCUACAGACACAGCUGGCACAAGAACGAAAAUACAAGCAGGACUAUAUUGAGUGUUGUGCAAAGACCAGCCAGGAGCUGUCGGACCUUCACCAAGAGCUGUCUUACUCCUUAGCAGCGGUGCUCAGGGAGCCCAAAGCUGCUGUUCUGGAGGCAGAGACUCGAAAGCUGGGUCAGUCUCUGAACCUUAGCUUGUCACUAAUACCUCUGGACCAUCAGUCUCCUGAGAGACAGCUGUUGCACUCAACAGCCAGAUCUGGCACAAGUGAUGACCUGAGUUAACGUGAGGAGCAUACAGCAAAAGGCCUCCGUAGCAGCCAAGUUGGGGACCUGCUGUAGCAGGUGAACUGCGGCAGGGGGCUUUGUUCAAGGCAUGAGUCCCAAAGUAAGUUCAGUGUUCACAGCAGAUUGCCCAGCAGAAGCAGUGGUGGGACAAAACUGGUGCUGGCUUAUGUGGAUGGGGUCAGUUGUAGGCCUGGAAAAGCAGGAUGAACCCGAUGAGCAGGUAAAAUUUCCUCCUUUUUCCAGAGCACUCCAUGAUAGCCUGCCUCGUCAGUCUCCACACAGCCUUCCCCAUCAGGAUGUUCCUAUGUCUGCAGUCUCUGUACUGUAUGCAAAGACUUUGUGUCUGGUUUUAUUUUUUCAAUACACUUAUUUCUCCAAAA